AGUUUAAAGAGACCAUAAUCUCCUUACUAUCUCCAGUCCCCACCCACUCUUUCCCAUUUACAAGACUACUACAAUCCCAUCUCUAUUGUUGAAAUUGAAAAUAAAAUAAAAAUCCCAUCUCUCUUUUUCUCUCUCCAAUUUAGCAUUUAUAGCAAAAAUAUAUUGUUACAUUUUUCUCUCACUAUUCUCAAGAGUUUUAAUAGAGAAAGAGAGAGAUCUGAAGAAGUCUGACUCAUUUCUCUCAAUCUCUCUUUCAGACGGCCCUCUUCAAUUUUUGUCAAAUAAGGGUACAAAGGGAAGGGGCCAGCACUCUUUUCUCUAAAUCUCAAACCCUUUGUUUUUCCUAUACUCAGAUCAGGCACUUUUUUGGUUUUGUAAUUUAUUAAAAUAAUGGGGAUAGAUGUGGAAGCUAAGUUAGUUCAUGUUCCAGUUGAAGCUGGAAGUGAGCACAACAACCUUCUGAAAGAAAAUGGAAAGAUGAGUCAUGGUUCAGUGAUUACCGAGCCUAUAAAAUUUGGUUCUCACGGUACUGAAGAACCUAAGAAGGAGGAAGUAAGCAGAACACCUGUGAGCAAUGUACCAAAGGAUGCGGUUGAGGACUGGCCUGAACCUAAGCAGAUCCAUUCGUUCUAUAUUGUUAAGUUUCGGAGAUUUGAAGACCCAAAACUGAAGGCUAAAAUUGAACUGGCUGAGAGAGAGCUACAGAAAAAGAACCAAGCAAGAUCUCAGAUUAUUGAAAAAUUAAAGGCUAAAAGGGCAGAACGAUCAAAGGUAAUUGAACAAAGGAAAUCUCUCAGUGCUGAGAAUAAGGAAUUUUGGAGUACUAUUGAUGAGAAAAGAAAGGAAAUGGAACCUCUGCAACAGGCCUUAGGUCAGCUCCGCGGUGGUAGAGAUGCAGGCCGAGAAAGGGGUCCUAUAGUAUGUUCAUCCGAGCAGGAGCUCAAUAGCCUUAUUAAGAGUCUGCAGUACCGCAUUCAGCAUGAAAGCAUUCCUCUGAACGAAGAGAAGCAAAUUCUCCGGGAAAUCAAACAACUUGAAGGGACAAGGGAAGCUGUUAAAGAAAAGGCUGCAGCAAGGGCACAGAUUCAUGAAUCGUUGGGUGAAAAAGAAUCAAUCCAGAACCAGGUCAAACUUAUGAGUGUUGGCCUGGAUGGAGUUCGGAAGGGGCAGCAGGAGGUUAAGGCCAAGCUUAAGCAAAUAGAUGAUCAGAUUGAUGCCAUAAGCAAGCAGAUCAACUUAUUGGAUGAGGAAUUGAAGGAAGUUGUGGAGAAGAGGGACAAGACUUACGAACAUAUUCAGGAAUUGAGAAAACAACGUGAAGAAGGGAAUUCUUCUUUCUACCAAAACUCCAAUGUGUUGCACAAAGUUAAACAACUCGCAGAUCAAAAGGAUGUUGAAGCCCUUAAAGAGCUCUCAGUUACAGAGGUCGAUAAGUUCAUGUCUUUCUGGUGUGGUAAAAAGCCUUUUAGGGAUGACUAUGAGAGGAGACUCUUGCAGUCACUUGAUAUCAGGCAGUUGAGCAGGGAUGGCAGAAUGAGGAAUCCCGACGAAAAGCCUCUGGUGCUACCAGAAGUACCUACUGUCUCCCGAACCGAGGUUCCAGCAAGAGCUAAUGCAAAACCUGUAAAGGAAGAUCAUGCGUCCGUUGACGCUGCUCCUGUUCAGAAAGAACAGAAGGAGAAGAGUAGCAAGCAGCCAAAUGAUUCUCAUGUUAAAAACACAAAGCGUGCCGAGAAAAAAGAUGUGGUUGUUGAUGAAGAAGAGGAAAUUUAUGGUUUGGAAAAGAUACCCAAGGAUAUUAGUUCCAAGAAAAAUGAAGUUGACGAGGCAACUUUGAAGGAGAUGAAGAAAGAGGAGGAGAUAGCAAAAAAUAGACAGGCUAUGGAGAGGAAGAAAAAGUUGGCAGAGAAAGCAGCUGCAAAAGCUUCAAAGAAAGCUCAGCUAGAAGCUGAAAAGAAGCUCAAGGAACGUGAGAAGAGAGCGAGGAAGAAGGGCGGAUCUUCUGUCGCAGAUCAGGAACCAACUGAGGAACCGACCGAAACACCUGCGGAGGUUGCUGAGGAAGAAAAAGCGGACGAAAAUGUUGAAAUUGUUGCACCCAAGGUCAAGGCGCGGAAAGAGAAUACCGUUAGGCAUAGAGCAACACGUGCAAGAGGCUCAGAGCUUCCUAAAGCUAUACUAAAGCGCAAAAAAGCAACGAACUAUUGGCUGCGGGCGGGUGCUCCUGCUGCUGUGGUAGUUGUGAUACUUCUAGUUGUCGGAUACAUAUAUCUUCAAAAGUAAAAUGAGUUGGGAGAGUGAAAACAAAAACAUUUGGCUUUAGUGCUUUACAAUACUGCAAUAGUAAGUCCUGUUUAGUUUAUCAUAACGUUAUUUCAUGUUUCUUGCAUCCUAGUCUAGGAUGGAAAACUCAUAAUGUUCCUUGAGACGCGGCCUAUCUGAGAUAUUAGCUGAGAGAGCCUACAUAUUUUAUUUGUUUGGUGUAGUUGCAGUUGUUGACAUUUUGCUUAAAGACUGUCAUCUGGACCUUUUCCUUUGGAGACAUUGAUUUUUUUAUUA